AUGAUUGUCAAACACCCGAUUACUUCUCCCCUCCUCAGUCACCCCGACUACACCCCCAUCGAAACCACAUCGCGCCAACGCCUCCCCACCGACGAGAAUGGGUUCUUCGCCGGCACCCUGGCGACAGCAACCACCAUCCCUCACGUCCAGACCCUGACAUAUAACAAACUGGUCCCGCUGGCGAGCUCGGGAGUCGAGCUCGAGGUCGAAUCAGCAUGGCGGACCCCCCUCGAGCCACCGGAUAUCCUCAUGCUCCUCUCCCUGGCUACCCCGGGACUAAGCGGCCACCCGGGCCUCGCGCACGGCGGCCUGCUCGCCACCGUGAUCGACGAGGCCAUGUCUCUUGCCCUCGAGGCCCAUUCGCAGAUCGUCUCGAGCUUCUUCACCGCCCAGCUGGAUGUCCGGUAUCUGGCUCCUGUGCCUGUUCCUUCCGUGGCUGUCGUGCGCGCCAAGGUCGUUUCGCGAGCCGGACGCAAGAAUACAGUCCGGGCAGAGAUUCUAGACAAUGGGAGGAUCUGUGUAGAAGCUCUAGGGGUAUGGAUUGAGAAGAGACAGACUCAUAAAAUAUAA